AUGUUUACUACUUCAAACAUUUGUAUUUUACUUUGCUUGUUUAUUGGAAUUGGCUAUAUUCAUGGAAGCCCAUUCGCUUCUAGAAUAAAAAGAAGCCAUGGUGACUCAGGUGAAAAAGGCGAUAGUUCUGAGCAGAAAGAUGGGGUUUAUCAAUGUGGUCCAUAUGAAGAAUAUAGAUGCAAUUACACAAUUUGUACACCAAUUUGUUCAGGUGGUGUCUAUACAGAACAAAGCCCUAUAUGCAAAAAAGAACUUGCAACUGGCUGCUUCUGUAAAGAAGGUUAUUAUCGUGGAGCAAAUGGUAAGUGUAUUUCAGCAAAAGCUUGCUGUUCAGGUGAAAAUCAAGUUUAUACAACUUGUGGUACUGCUUGUCCUGCAUAUUGUGGUUAUAUACCAGGAAUAUGUACAAUGCAAUGUGUUCAAGGCUGUUUCUGUGAUAAUGGCUAUGUUCGUCAAAACAACAGUGCUGGUAGUCGUUGUAUAAAAGAAACUGAUUGAUUUCUAUUCGGACGUUGGUGUUUAGGUGCUCAUCAAGAAUAUACAACAUGUGGUUCAGCUUGUCCUCUUUCAUGUACUGAUGUAAGACAUGCCAGAUAUUUUAAACCAUGUACAUAUCAAUGUAUACAAGGAUGUUUUUGUAAACGUGGUUAUGCUCGAAGAACUCAUUCGAAAAGUCAAUGUAUUCCUGAUUGGCGAUGUUAA